AUAGUGCCACCACUACCCUCCAAAAUUCCCUUCUCUCUCUAGACUCUUUUUUCUUUUAGACAGAGAAAGAAACCCCAAACCCAAACCCAAACCUAUUCUCAUUCACUCACUCUCUCUAUAAAUAAAAUUUGCUUUCUUUUCCACCCACUCAUUUACUCAAACCCCUUCACUCUUUUUUCUCUCCUCUCUCAUCUCCAAAAGUCAGCGCCUCCUCCUUUUGUCUCUUCACGGCGGAACCACAGAAGCAGAGAGGACAAAGAAAGCAUUAAAAUGGAGGAUGAUUGGGAUCUCCACGCGGUGGUCAGAGGCUGCACCGCUAUAACAACCGCCUCUUCCUCCUCCUCCGCCGCGGUCGUGCCCGCCUCAGUUUUCAGUAGUUUCCAGCAAGAUAGCCAGUUUUGUGGUCAAGAUCUGUUUGAGCCCAGAAGAGAGAGCUUGGUUCAAGAACUGCAUGAUCUCUACAAGCCCUUCUUCCCUAAAUCCCAGGACUCUUUGCAAACGGUUGUUUCUCCACCAAUUUCCCGACACUCUGUUUUGCAAGAUCUGCCAGCAGCUGAGCAACAACAGCGGCAGCAGCAGCAGCAAAUAAUAUUGAAACAAUCGCCUCAGCAAUCACACCUCCGCCAUAAACAACAGCUCUUUUCUGUUUCUAAUGCCCCAAAAAGUACUACUGCUUCACAUAAUCCCUCUCCAAGGUCCAAAAGAAGGAAGAACCAUAUGAAGAGGGUUUGCCAUGUAGCUGCUGAGAAUAUAUCUUCGGACAUGUGGUCUUGGAGAAAAUAUGGGCAAAAACCCAUCAAAGGAUCCCCAUAUCCGAGGGGUUAUUACAGAUGCAGCACCUCCAAAGGCUGUAUGGCGAGAAAACAAGUGGAACGGAACAGAUCCGACCCGGGAAUGUUUAUAGUCACUUACACCGCGGAGCACAACCACCCCAUGCCUACUCAUCGGAACUCACUCGCCGGCAGCACCCGCCAGAAGCCCGCCGAGGCUCCCAGCAAGCCCACUUGCUCGUCGGAACUCUCGCCGGCGGCGAGCCUCUCCCCUGUGCCGGAAAAGCUGGAGAGCAGCCCGGAGCAGUUGGCCGAAGCUGAGGAAGAGGACGAUGAUUUUAGCGUUUCAAACAUGGCGUUGGACGACGAUUUCUUUGCGGGCUUGGAGGAUUUUACCGGCCCAGAGGACGGCGGUGAGUGCAUGUCGGGUCACUUUGCGGCGAACGUGCAGUUGUCUUGGCUUUCGAAUAGCGCAACAACCAUCGCCGGGGGCGGUUGACUUUUUAUUGGGGGCCAAAGAAGUGCAUGAAUGAAUAUAUGCUUUUCUUCUUACUCACUUUUCUCUGGUUUUGUAGGAGCAAGACAACUUUUUGUCCGAUAAGAUUGUAAAAAGAAUCUUGAAAUCACAAAUGUUUUUUUUUUUUUUCCUUUUUAUUAUUUUCUUUUGGGGUAUGUGUAAAUUAUUAUAAUUAAAUGGCUGAAUCAUAAAGAACCUUGUAGAAGGAAAAGGGUUCAUCAUUCCGUUU